AUGAAUUCCUCUGUUCUAGAUUUCCCACCGCCCGCCACCAACUCGUAUAUUUUCGACUGCAUAAUAGACGAGACAUGGCCGCGAGCAGGAAGAUGGUGUCUUUUUGCCAUAGUGCUAAUCAUCGCCGACAGGAUAGCGAGGACACUUCUACGCAACUACAACUUCGGCCGCUUCGCCAAAGCCAGCGGAUGUCUGCCGGUUCCCAUAGCAGCGAAUCCGUUCCCUUUGCCCUGGAGCGUCGGGCGUAAGUACGAGGUAUACAAGGCUUCCGUAGCCGGCGACCUAUUUGAAGGGCAUUUCCAGCGCAAAUACGCUAAACACGGCAAUACCCACGCCAUCGUCUCUCCUGUACUAGGAACGCAGAAGGGAAUCAACACAGUGGAACCCGAGAACAUCAAAGCAGUGUUGGCAACCUGUUUCGACGAUUACAAACGUCCGGAAUUUAGGUCUCUAGCGGCCCGGCCUUUGCUUCUGCCUGGGCUUUUCACGACGGAUGGACCGAUAUGGGCCCACUGGCGGGCCAUGAUCAAGCCCCAAUUUACGCGCAGAAGAUUCGAUCAGAAUGUUGCUGAUAGCGAGAGGCAUAUGGAGCUUGUGUUUACCGCCCUGGGAAAACCGAAAGCGGACGGUUGGACAGACGAUGUGGACCUUUUGGACCAUCUUUAUCGUCUAACGAUGGAUACAGCGACGCAGUUUCUCUUCGGUAUUUCGGCGGAGACGCAGACAGCAGCAUUAGUCCGCGCCGGGAAGAUACCCGCCGAAAUGUAUGUCAAGUCGCUCCUAGACGGAUUCGACGAUAAAUUCCUAGAGGCGGCUAGUUACGUGGGACAUCGAAUAAAGCUAUCGAAAAUGUACUGGGUAUACGACGGGUUAGCGUUCAGACGAGUUUGCCGAGAACUGUAUGUUAUGGUUGAUGCGUAUAUAACCGAUAUCCGAGAACGUGCUGCUGCACGGACACAGGAGGAAAAGGAAGACGGGAUGCAUUCGAAUAUGAUUGAAGAGAUGGUGGCGCAGGGAGCCUCGCAGAGCGAUAUGGUGAACCAAGUAAUGCACCUUCUCGUCGCAGGGAUGGAUACGUCUACUGGUGCCUUAGGGUGGACAUUUAGCAUGCUUGGGGCACACCCGGAUAUAUACCAGAAACUCCGGAAAGCAGUUAUCGAACAAUUCGGCACUGAAACAAAUAGACGGGAGAUAUUCACGUUGGAGACAUUGAAGAGCUGCGAGUAUCUUCAGUGGGUUAUCCAGGAGACUCUAAGGCUCUUCCCCGCCGGACCUAUCAAUGUCCGAGAGGCUAUUAGGGAUACUGUCCUUCCCGUGGGGGGCGGUCCGGAUGGCAAGGGUCCCGUGGCGGUUCGGAAAGGAGCUAGAGUGCAGCUCGGAACUUACUAUACCCACCGAAGAAAAGACCUAUGGGGAGAGGAUGCCGACGAAUACCGCCCCGAGCGAUGGAGAGGCAGGAGAAAGGGAUGGGAUUUCACACCAUUCAGCGGUGGACCUCAAGUCUGUGUUGGCCAGGGUUACUCGAUUACACAAGUAUCAUACGCUGUCGCCAGGUUCGUCAUGCAUUUUGACAAAAUGGAGCCGUCCCCGGGAAGCAAUAAUGCGAAACGCUCGUGGAUGACAGUGCUCAUGCCGGGGGACGGCGUUAAGGUCCGGAUGCACUUAGCACCGGAUACUACGCCAUAAUGCAGCGCUUAUGCUUUAGUUGGUAGUAUUCCGACAGUAGGUUGGUAAUCUCGAAUUGCCAAUCAUUAUAGGUAGAUAUGAUGGAUGCAUUAGGAAACUUGAGGAUGAUAGUAAGCGGCAUAAUGACACGAUGACAACAGUUCUUGGGGAAAUGGGAUAGGAUAUGCAUACCAUUUUUCAUAGGGCUGAGACAAUGUAGCCCUUAGCACUCCAUCACACGUAGUUCCCGAAGUAGAAAUGCGAAUAUCAAUGGAGUGUUAAGCUUU